AGGGCACCCUCCAGAUUGGAGAGCGCCACCUUAGAGCCAUGGCUGCGUCUGGGGAACCCGGGAGGCUGAGGCAGGAGGAGGUGGCGGCGGUAGUGGUGGUGGGCUCCUGCAUGACAGACCUGGUCAGUCUUACUUCUCGCUUGCCAAAAACCGGAGAAACCAUCCAUGGACAUAAGUUUUUUAUUGGCUUCGGAGGGAAAGGCGCCAACCAGUGCGUCCAGGCCGCCAGGCUCGGGGCGAAGACAUCCAUGGUGUGCAAGGUUGGCAAAGAUUCUUUUGGCAACAACUAUAUAGAAAACUUAAAACAGAAUGGUAUUUCUACAGAAUUUGCGUAUCAGACUGAAGAUGCUGCUACGGGAACUGCUUCAAUAAUUGUCAAUGAAGAAGGCCAGAAUAUCAUCGUGAUCGUGGCCGGAGCAAACCUACUUCUGAAUUCUGACGACCUGCGGGAAGCAGCCGGCGCCAUCAGCAGCGCCAGGGUGGUGAUCUGCCAGCUGGAAGUAACGCCGGCAGCGUCUCUGGAAGCCCUGACGCUGGCCCGCAGCCGCGGAGUGAAAACAUUGUUCAACCCAGCUCCUGCCGCUGCUGACCUGGACCCCCGGUUCUACACCCUCUCAGACGUGUUCUGCUGCAACGAAAGUGAGGCUGAGAUCCUAACCGGCCUCCCGGUCGGCAGCCCGGCGGACGCUGGGAAGGCUGCGCUGGUGCUCGUGGGAAGGGGCUGCCAGGUGGUGAUCAUCACCUUAGGCGCUGAAGGAUGCGUGAUGCUGUCACAGUCGGAACCUGUUCCGAAGUACAUUCCCACGGAGAAAGUCAAGGCUGUGGAUACCACGGGUGCUGGUGACAGUUUUGUGGGAGCUCUGGCCUUCUACCUGGCGUACUACCCCGGUCUGUCCAUGGAGGAAAUGCUCCGGAGGUCCAACUUCAUCGCGGCGGUCAGCGUGCAGGCUGCAGGAACCCAGUCGUCUUACCCACACAGAAAAGACCUGCCACUGCGCUUGUUUUGAUUGCUGGGAACUCUGAAACAAAUAUACCUGGAAAUAAAACAUACUUGGGAAUGGA